AUGUGGAAAUCACAGCCAGGUCAAUCGAGGCCUCUUUCUCCAGCGGAAGAGGAGGCAGGGAAAGCAGCCAUCCUGGAGAAGGUUAUGAAGGGCCGCCAACCUACUGAUCUCAUGCUACGCUGUGAGCCACCGACGAUUUCUGGGCAAUUCAAAAAGUCCGACCUGAGUGCCGAGCAUCAAUUGAAUCCUCGUGAUCUCCGCAAAAUUGAUUCUAGAGUACCAAACCUCGUCCCCACCAUAUUAAUUAGAAAGGAAGCUAUUCUGGUCAAUAUCCUCCAUAUCCGAGCUCUCAUCAAGGCUGAUACUGUUGUGCUUUUCGAUACAUAUGGUUCUGCCGACUCAAGACUCCACUCCGUUUAUCUUUACCACCUAGAACAUAAUUUGAAGCUCAAAGGGGGCGGGCUGCCUUAUGAAUUCCGAGCUCUUGAGUCUACCUUGUUAUCUGUAUUGUCAGCUUUGGAAGCAGAAAUGGUUUUCAUACGUACACUUGUCGGCGGCCUCUUGGCAGAGCUCGAAGAUGAUAUCGACCACGAUCGAUUCAAACGUUUGCUACACUACUCCCGGCGUUUGGCUAGUUUCCACAACAGGGCAAAACUGGUUGGCGAGGCCCUUGACGAGGUUCUCACUCAGGACGAGGACUUGUCGGCUAUGUACCUCACAGAUAAACGUAAUGGUGUUGCUCAUGAUCCCCUUGAUCAUGAGGAGCUCGAGCUACUGCUUGAGUCAUUUUCUAAACAGGUGGAGGAGAUCGUCAAUGAGGUGGAGAAUCUAGAAGCGAAUGUACAAUCGACCCAAGAAAUUGUUGAACUUAUUCUAGAUUCCAACCGUAAUGCACUCUUAGCACUCGAUCUGCAGGUAUCUAUUGCUACCUUUGGCGUUGGGACUGGAGCUUUGAUUACUGGUCUACUGGGAAUGAAUUUAACGAACCAUUUCGAAAGCCAUCCUUAUGCCUUUCUUGCAAUGACCGGGGUCGCAGGAUUCGUAUCCUUCAUGGUUGCGUUCUUAGGCUUCCGAAAAUUGGUAAAAAUGCGUAAGGUUGGACUUUCCCACUCAUCAAACUCGCCGAAACCGCGCAGACCAUGGAUACCUCUACCGUUACGACGAAGAUCCCAAGAAGGAUGGUUUUGACGUAGUUUAACGUGAAUUCAUCUUCCCGUUUCUUGUUCGGAACCUGUACAUUAUAGAGUAUGCCACGGAGGAACCACGUAGACCCAUUUUUGAUACUACUUACAUGAUAAUAUAUAAUAAUGAAGCAGACACAAUACAUGUGUGACUUCGUCCCAACAUGGAGUGGUACCACACCGGUGUCAUACCGAAAUGGAUCAUGAGCACGAGUCUAUACCUGUCCAUAACCAUGGCUCCAACCAUAAUUGGUAGUACAUGACUGACUGUAUUACAUGCACGGCGACGAAUACAAGCGCGA